AUGGAACGGAUUCCAGGCGUCAACGUCACCCUCUUCACCCGCAAGACCACUAAACCCAACCCUCUCGCGGGGAAAUACGUGUCCCAGUCCCACGCCCAUUUCGACGAUCCUAAGGAUGUUAAAGCAAGGCAAGACAAAAAUCAUGCUUAUAUAUUGAAGCGCUCUCAUAUGACCGAUAUCAAAACCGUUGGAUCUAACCAAAAGGUUGCUGAUAUCCUAGCCAACAACUUGAGGGACUUCGGCGCUGCCUCCCAGCUAAAGCACGACUCUUUCCGCCACCAAACCAGCACUGCCUUCAUCCUAGCCAACCAUGCUCCCUUACUCCAGGAAAGUGGCAACUAUUCUCGUCGGCACAGACGCUACUCCAUCGACUGCAACGUAGCCUUCACCCACGAUACAGAUCCAGAAACUCCGCCGGCCUGGUCGGCGGCUCGCGACACGCCGCCCGCUCCCCUACCAAAUGCACCCUUGUUCCACGGACCACCUCACUUUUUCGAGUAUGCCCACCGAUUCCGCAUCGUUGAACGCAUGCCGUCGAAAACCCUUCCUAUACCAACCACCUUGCACCCCGCGCGCCUUGGGCCCUACAACCCCCCCGCAAACGACCAAAAAGCCUACGACCUCGAAGGAUCGCAAAUCACAAAUGCGGACUUUCUCGCCAUCCGUCGUCUUGCCGCCGCCGGCUGGUUCACCGACGACAUAAUCAACAUGUCGUUCGAUCUACUCGGCAACGUGCUCAAGUGCGACAAGCACCGCAUCGCGCUAUCCUACACGCUAUAUGCGCGGAACUGCUACGAAAUCGGUAAGCACAUGGCAGACGUCAAGAAAUCAAAGGGAGGUACGAGCAAGGAUGAAAACGCCGGCGACUUCGACUGGAAAUACUACAAAAGCUCGAUGCGGAAGUUCGCCGAGAGAGACUUCAUCAUCCUGCCCAUCAACGACGGCUACGUGAAAGAGACGUAUGGUAGUUCUAAAGACGGCGUGGGCACGCAUUGGUCUGUCAUCGUUGCCGAUUGCCGCGGCGAGGUGCUGAGGGCGCGGUAUCUCGAUUCAUUGUGCCGUGACCCAAAAAGAGCCACUGCGAACGUUAAAGUGGCUAGAUUGGCCGUCCAAGGUCUCUACAAGCUACUCCGCCGGGUCGGGUACCCCUUCAUAAGACUUGAAUCGGACGUAGAAGUCGAGACGCCGCACCAGAAACGGCACAACCGGUGCCAUAAAGACGGUGGUGGGGCAUGCGGCCCUUUUGUGUGGGCCAUCACGAAGGAGAUUUCGCAGUUCAUCGUCGAUUGCGAGGAUGAUGGGGUUCAAGUCCCGGAUUUGAAGCUACCGCAGGGUUUUGCGGAGAUCUGGGAUUGGGAUUCGGAGGAUACGCGGAGGGUGAUACAGAGCUUGGUGGUGAGGGGAAGGAGAAUGAGGCUACAUAAGAACAAGGGGAUAACGGACUGGAUUGAUCUGGAGAAUUUGAGGAAGAGGGAGGUUAUAGGGAUCGUUGCGGAGAGUAUUGUUGCGGGAAAGAUGCCCCUGCAUGCUUUCAACAAGGAAUGGUAUACCGAGGAAUAA